CGACGCAUCAGAUCACGUCUUCCAUCCGUCGCGCUAUUUUGAAAAGUUUAGCUGUUUUUGUUGGUGGUCUUUUACCGUUGUUUUCUCGUCCAAGCCUUGGACAAGUUGCCUCUAAAUCUAACAAAAUAUGAAUUUAAAUUGGCAAUGAAUUGACAUAAUUUUUCUCAAGUAAGAAGGGGAAACGAAAACGUGUGGAUGCAUUUGCCGGCCCGGCUUAAAUUUCAUUUUCGCGGUGGGAAUGAUUUUGAUGGCAUGCCAUAUGGAUUUUUCAUCGUUUGAAAAACGCCUUUCGACGACAUUUCAAGCGAAAAGGAAUGGAGUUGUAUUUAACAGUCUUCUACUGAAAGGACUCACGAUUGGUACUGUCGUCGCUACAGAUUGGGUCGAUUCAUUCAACGAAUUAUCUUUAAAGAACAGACAUUGAUGUUUCCGGAAUAUUAAAUUUCCCUCGAACAGUGGAUCAUUUUACGGCAAACACCUUCCUUUCAAGAAGCAUUAUUUCUUCCUUUUGUGGUAAAGAAUAGUUUCCUUCAUCGAAGAAGAAGAUAACUUUCGGUACAAUGCAUAUAUUGAUUUAUAAGCUGAAGGACUCGUCGCUUGGCAGACUGGUUGUGUCUGUUCUGGUAUUUGCGCUCUUUGUGCCGUUAGUAACUCAUUACUAUUUAGGAAAACAUACUGUGCCUUCUGAAAGAACUCCAAUGGACCACUUUCAAACGCGAUCGAAAUUAGACAGACCCGCUGGCAAAUUCGACUUGUUGUUAGAUAACAUUGAUGAUCUGAAAUAUCAAGUUGAUGAACUUCAAAGAAUUAAGCUUUCUCUGACAAACGAGUUGAGAGAGCUGGAAGGAAAAAAGAACAGACUUCUGACAGACAUAUCCACUUUUACGAAAAAGGCGGAUGGAACGCGAAUUCAAGCAGAGCAUUAUCAUUCAGAUGUGGUCCGAGCUAAAAGGGAGUUAGAACUAAUUAAACUUGCCAAAGUGCGAGCCAAUGACUGUCCAGAAUUGCCACAAUUGAAAUUGCCUCAGAGACUUACAGUUCCUUCUGAAAGUGAAGUCAGUCCACUUCCAGAUCAGAGAAUCUUGUCAAACUGCCAGUUACGCAACUGUUUUGACUUUUCAAGAUGUUCUUUUGAUUCAGGAUUCCCUGUUUACGUAUAUGAGCGUCCUUUGGGUCAGCGAAUGUUUGACUCUGACACCAUGAUAAUUUCGCAGUUGUUGAAGGAAAGUCAUUAUUUUAUUUCAGAACCCGUGAAAGCCUGCCUGUAUAUAGUUAUUGUUGGAUUGACGGAGGAAAUUUUGACACGGAAAAGUAACUCUGAAUUUCAAUCUGAUUUGCACUCUCUGCCUUACUGGGGAGGAAAUGGUAGAAAUCAUUUAAUUUUAUAUUUAACAAUUAAAGCAAGCAACCACUCGUCUAAUUUUCCAUCCUCGGAUAUUAACACUGGACUUGCAUUAAUUGCACAGUCAACAUUCCCUGAUGGCGUUAAUUUUCGCCCUGGCUUUGACAUAGUAUUGCCACCUUCAAAUGGGCCUCCAAAGGGAGAUGCUUGGAGUCGUGCCUCUCUUCAGCUCCCAGCAAGAAGAAAAUACUUGUUGAGUUUUCAAGCCAUGCAUACUGAUCAUGUCACAAAAGCAAUGGCAGUUCUACGUGAUCAAUUAAAUGAGCUUUCCCAGGAGGCCAGAGAUUUGUUUAUGGAGUUAUAUUUAUUGAAGCCUGGGAGCUUUAACUCAAAUGAAGAAGGUGAAUGGUUGCUAUGGGGAUCACAUGAAAAUAGAACAAAGGUUCUCCAUCAAUCAACAUUUACUUUAAUCGCAGGCUCACAUGGCAAGCACUCUAACUGGGAUAAUUGUCAUAUACGGCUUCUUGAAGCUUUGCAAUGUGGUGCCAUACCAGUAGUACUUUCAAGUAGAACAGUGCUUCCUUUCAAUGACAUGAUUGACUGGCACAAGGCUGUGAUUAUCGUUGCACCAGCUCGUGUUCCUGAAUUAAAUGUCUUACUUCGAACAAUCACAAAUGAAGACAUACUUCAAUUACGCUGGCAGGGUAGAUUUCUUUGGGAAACAUACCUGUCAACAACUAAUGCUAUUUUAAAAACAAUGUUAGCCACUAUAAGGACACGUCUUUCAAUUCCUGCUCACCCUGUACCAUCCUCUCCAACGUCUUCUGUGUUUAGUGAUGCUAGGAUACCUGUGACAAGUUCACCAGAUCCAGAUGCAGUGAUUGGACUUCCUCUAGAAUCUCCAGCCUUUGUUAGGAAUUUUACAGCAACUGUUGUGGAUAGAUACAAUUUUUGGAAUUCACCACCAGGUUCCUUUCAGAUGUACCCAAGCUCCCCAUUUGACCCUGUUUUCCCUUCCUCCGCACCUUUUAGGAAUUCUAGUAAAGGAUUUGAACUCAUUGGCGAAGGUGCCGGUGGGGCUGGAGUUGAGUUCAGCAAAGCUUUGGGUGGAAAUUAUCCAGUUGAGCAAUUUACUGUUGUCAUCUUGACAUAUCAGAGGGAAUUAGUCCUCAUAGAAUCUAUUCAGCGUCUUGUUGGGUUACAGUACCUAAAUAAAGUGGUUGUUGUGUGGAACAGCCCUGAGCCACCUUCCUUGUCUCUUAGAUGGCCAGAUAUUGGUGUCCCUGUUCAUGUAAGUAGUGUGGCAUGUUACAUCUUUAUUGACAUUGACAGACGAUACAAGCUUACAUGCAUAACUUGUAUGAUUACCUACAGUUAGUUCAUGGUUUUAAAAUGUAGGAUUGUGAAAAAGAAGAAACUUUUAGAAGUAUUGUAAGUUAGUUUUCGGUGAUAAGGUUGUUUCAGGUGGCUGGGUCUUUCUGUGAGUAAAGAUACUGAUGUAAAUGAAAGUUGUUAGCAGGGCCAUCACUGAGAUUUCAAGUUGCCUGGUAUUUGCAAUUUGUAGGCAGAGAUUGAAAAGUUACUCUGGAAGUUCUUUAUGUUCUAUGAUCUCCUUUUUCUCAAAGUUGCGUGGGGUUUAGCUUGUUGUAGCCAUAGGAGCAUCAGCCCCUAGCCCUUUAUUAAAAGCCCCAGGGCUGACGUUAACUUUUGAAGCAGCAGUAGCAAAAUGAAGUUUGCAGGCAUAGCAUUAAAACAUAAAAAAAAUUGGCCCAAGUUUUUCAAGUUUCAAUCCAUGUCUUGCAUCCUUGCCAUCCAUUGCAAAAGAUAACAGGAUGAACUCAUCACUGUUACAUCACAUUUCCAGUCAAGGUAUUGGACCUCCGAGUGUUGACAAGAGCUGUCAAAAUAAAUCAUUCAUAGGGUAAGAUUCUGGUAGAUGUAUUACCGGAACAAGCUUUUGUUAAAAUGUACUACGGGUGUUCCUUCACUCUCACCCCUAACUACCCAGGCCUCACUGUUUUUCCUACUCACAUCUUUUUGCACCUUCCCCACAGUCUGAAUGCCUGGAACAGGCCAGCAUUUUGAUGAUACAUACUAAGUUUAUUAUUUUCAACAGGUGGUGAAAGUAGCCAAGAACAGUUUAAAUAACCGCUUCAUACCAUAUGAUGUCAUUGAAACUGAUGCCAUUUUUGCUAUCGACGAUGAUGUGGAAAUGCGACAUGAUGAAAUACUUUUGGCCUAUAGGUAUGUACAGUUUGUGUUCUCAUUUCUAUCAAGCUGCUGGCCAUAUCAUGUAAGUCUGUGUAAUUUGUUGGGCUGCAAGGCAGUGCCUAUUCUAGCUCGACCUUUUGCUUAUUUCAACUCCAAACAAGUUAUGAACAUGCAAAAUUACCUGGAUGGUUUGUCAUGGAAAUGGCUUUUAAUGAUACCACAUCCUGAUGUUUGGCCACUGCAUGAUGAGAAGAUGUUUUUGAAGCUAAAUUAGUUUCAUUUUUCUUCAAAAGAUGAGUAACUUCCAUGAGUAACUUCACUGGUUUUUUUAAAAUUCAUUUUCACUGCUUGUGUUUCAAACUUUGUUUGAGAGAAGUGAUUCUUUUCAAACAACAUCAUGUUGAAUUGGUUUCCAAGAAUGGACUUGGGUGAUCUUCAUGACAUAGUGUUAAAUUUAUUGAAUAUUAAUUUUUUGAAAUGCCUCAUGUUGUCAUUUUCUUGUCUGAUUUGUAAGGGUUUCUGAGGUCAUUAAGCCAAUGGAUAGGUGCAAGCUAGUUCACACCUGGGCAUAAGAAUUUUUUUCCUGUCUUUUUCUAGUCAUGUUCCUACUUUCAUUUUUUGCAUUGAAUGGCUUUUAUAUGGCACAUAAAGUAAACCCUUUCUUAAAUCGAACCAAUUCAUGUUUAAGGCCUUCUAAGGACUGUGUUUUGUUUAAGAAGUUACCAGAUUUAUGUUGGCUAAUAACAUUAUCUCUUUCUGGGCUUGUUUAACUUUAUACGGAGGUUAAAUAAAUUAAAUUGGCCUGGACAAAUCUGACCUGUAACAUACUGAUAUGUGAAUGACAGGUCUUUAAAAACACAAGCACUUUUGAAAUUUUGUCUUAAUACAGGGUCUGGAGGGAAAACAGAGAUCGUAUUGUGGGAUUUCCUGGUCGAUUCCAUGCAUGGAAUACAGAGAACAAUCAGUGGUUGUAUAGCUCAGAGUAUUCCUGUGAACUCUCCAUGAUUCUGACUGGUGCUGCUUUUUACCAUAAGGUAAGAAUUUUAAUACUAAUUAAGAAAAGUCCCUAAUAUAAAAAUCUACAGGUAGAUCUCUUGUUCAUGAAGAAAUGUCCUCUAGGAAAAUCAAGACCUUUCUCACUUACUGUUUGUCUCCUUUCUUGUCACAACCUUUACGUUGUAGUGUUACUUAGGAGAAAUUAAAUAGCGAUCACUUUAACAGGUUAAAGAAGACAGCCAAGGUAAUAUUCAUAUUGAAAAACUUGCAACCACCUCCCCCCUCCCCUCCCCCACGCCUUGUAAGCUGGUCAUUGGUUUAGUCUAUUGUUUUAAUGCAUUCUUUCCACUCUAAAAGUAUAAUGCCACAGUAAACUAAAAUUUCCUGUCAGCAUUGUGGACCUUGGGGACACAAAUCUUUGGAAAAAUAUGGGUUUUUACCCGACAGAAGCCCUGGUGGAAGCCUUUUGGUUGGGCCAUGAACACGUCGCAUCAGAUCUGCUGGUCUAGGUUCAAGCCUUAGCAUUGCUCUGGACAUUAUUGUCUGUCUUUAACCUGGGUUCAAUUUAAUACAACUAUAUAUCACAAGUGUAGAUUACAAAUGCAGCCAUUGUUUUAGAGUCUGGAAACAAUAGCUACACUUGUUUUAUUAAAUUGACCCCCAAUUUUUUGGGGCCGGCACAGGGUUGUCACUAUUUAAGGGCACCCACUAUUGAGUAGGCAGAGAAAGUUGGCGAGUUGGUUUGAGAGUAGACUUCUCCAAUUUUUAUUUUGAGGGUGGGUACGGUGCUGAGGGUAUAUUGGUGUUGGUAAUAAUAAUAAUAAUAAUAAUAAUAAUAACAUGGUACUAAUAUUAAAUGUACAUGAAAUUACCUAUAUCUGAAACUUAAUAAUACUAAUACUACUACUAAUAAUAAUAAUAGAGAAAAAUUAAAAAUAAAAUAAAAUAAAACUUGUUCUAUGGUCCAUAACAGGCAACUAACAAAAUGCCUGUUUGAACAAGAAAGUCCUUAAAUUAGACUUAAAUGAUGCAAGAGAACUUGAGUUUCGCAUAUGGCUUGGUACCCAGGUCCCAGGUUUUGAUGAAACCCUUACCAGCAACAUAUUAUAGUUUGUAGUUUUUUUUUUACUUCAUUGCACUAUCUAUUUAAAUUCCAAAACGACUUUUGCAUUUACUCGAAAUAAUAAACAGAUUCAGAUAUGAAGAUAGUGGAUAGUGAUGCAAAAUGGAGAUCAGAGAGAAAUCCUGCCCAUUGCGCUGUCCCCACUUCCUGAACGCCUAAAAUUGGCUAAAGAAAAUAUUACAGAUUGUAAAGGUUUUAUUGUUUGUUUUUCUCUCCUUUAUACAGUACUUUGCAUAUCUAUACUUUCACUGGAUGCCACAAGUUAUCAGAGACAAAGUAGAUGAGUACAUGAAUUGUGAAGAUAUUGCCAUGAAUUUCUUGGUUUCCCAUAUCACGCGCAAACCUCCCAUCAAGGUAUUACUAACCAACACAAAAAUUUAGGAAAGCCUAGAAGCGGGGCUACAGUUAGUUACUAACCAUUAAAUUUAGCUGGAACAAUAAACAUUAAGCCAUUGAAAUCAAAAGUAAACACCUUUGACUUAAAAGUGGAGAAAAAGAAAUUGUAUUAUCAACUUGUUAGCAGAUAACUUGAAAAAGUGUGUGGCCUUGAAUGUGCAUCGGACUUCCACUAAGAAAGAAUGGAAUGUCUGAACGUAAUCUGAUCAUCACGCACGUUAGGACCCUUUUAAAAGGACCUUUUUGUCGCUCGUUAUCUGAGCAUGCGCGUCACCUAUCCUGUGAAAUUUUCGCGAAACACAGAGCUAGAGCGUUUGCUCGUCCACACCCCUUAACCUUUGGUUAUUAAUAGUAUUUAUAUAGAUUUCUUCUUACCCACAACCCUAAGCGAUACCUUUAUAGAUAAAAAUAUUGGAGUGUCUCCGUCAUUUUCAAAUGGGAGUCCUUCCCCCUCCCCGACUUUCACUCUAAACACCUUUUCAAUCCCGUUUUUUUUUUCUUUUUUUCAGGUAACUUCACGUUGGACAUUCUCUUGUCCAAACUGUCCUGUUUCCCUUUGGGAGGACAAGACGCACUUCGAGGAACGCAGCGAGUGUAUCAACUUUUUUGUCAGAGUGUAUGGUUACAUGCCGCUGUUGAGAACGCAGUUUAGGGCAGAUUCCGUUCUGUUUAAAACCAGGCUGCCGAGCGAUAAGUCAAAAUGCUUUAAAUAUGUGUAAUCAGUGUAUUGACAGCUCUAACGAUUUUCUCUUUCACUGGCAAAGGUGGCCAAAGUCAGAAUUCAACAAAAUUUCUAAAUUUUAUUUUUUGAAAUAUUGAAAGUAGUGCAAAAGAGGUUUAAUUUGAACGGUCACACCAUAGAAUUUCAUCCACAGACUCAAAAGUUAGAACCACCUUGUACAGCAUAAUAAACAGUAUCACAGGAAAGUACUGCUCAGUAGCUUUCAUUUGAAUGGUAACACAGUAGGAUUUCAUCCACAGACUCAAAAAUUAACACUACAUACUACAUACUAAAUAAAUAGUACCAUGUGAAAGUACUGCUGAAGAGGUUUCAUUUGGUUGGUAACACGUACCACAGGAUUUCAUUCACAGACUCAAAUGUUAGAAUUACGUACUAAAUAAACAGUAACCUUGUGAAAAUACUGCUGAAGAGGUUUCAUUUGCAUGGUAACACCAUAGAAUUUUAUCCAUAGACUCAAACGUUGUUGCUACAUGUGGGUACUAAAUAAAUAGUACCAUGUCAAAGUGCUACUAAAGAGGUUUCAUUUGAAUGGUCACAUCACAGGAUUUCAUCCACAGACUCAAAAGUUAGAACAACUUUACGAGACUCAAUCAUUCAGACGUGCAGUGAAAGGGUUUAAAAAUACCUUCAAUAUAUAAUCCUGGCAUCGCUUUCAAGUGUGAAAACCAAAGUUUUGCUCAUCUUUCAAAAAUGUCGCUAAAUAAGUCAGUGAGGGUAAGAAGAAAGUAUAAUUUAAAAGUAUUGAUUAAUAUUUUUUGGCCUGUUUCAAGUGUUCAGAUAAGGAGAGCUCGCUUUUAGGCGUAGCCGGCAAGCGCCGGAUUUUUACAGUUGGCGAAGUAUUAAAUUUCGAGCACGCGCGCCCGCCCUUUGCGCGCUCUGUAAAAACUAACCAAAAAAAUCUAACCUGCGCAGGCUAGCUGCAAAGAAUUUCACUUGACUCGAGUGGACCUAUAGCCACAGUUCAAACAUCUACCUUCCAUAUCUGUACUAUACAUGUAUAUAUUUCAACUUUCCUUUGUUCCUCGUUUGAGGCGAGGUUUACACUAGAGGAACUUGUUCCAGAUUCGUUUUUCCGUUUCCACACACAGAUUCGUAGUAAAUUUGAAAAAAAGGAAAAGAAAACGUCCGGUUUUCGUCGCGUCUCCCGAGAUUUUGAAUCCGGAAUCUAAAGUGAAGGUACUUUAUGUCCGAUCAAUGAAUGUCCUCGGAUUCUCGGAUGAUUUGCUGAUAGUACUGUAUGUAAAGGCCGGUGAAUCCGAACACCCUAAGUGCAGUAAAUCCGGAAUCAUUUUUGAAUCCGAAAAUAUCUCCUCUAGUGUAUUGUAUACCCAACCUCAAGCAUUUUUUAAUCCUAGCGCCGAAAAGAAUGUUGUGUUUACUGCAAGUUAUGCUAUAUGACAUAACAAAAUCAAUAUUUGCUACAAGUUGCAUUUGUCAGCAUGGCAGAAAUUAAAAGCAACUGGGAGUGAAAUGAGGAAGCCACAAUGAAACGUACAUUAUGCUAUUUGUUUAAUUUCAUCAAAAACACUUCUCUGAAUUCUUGUCUAGUUCCCCCUUGUAAAAGUAGCUUUCUUUUGCUGAAAGUAUU